CUCCAUAUCACUUUGAAAGAUAGUUGAAAGCAAUGGAAACAUGACUUAACAUUUUUCUUUACUACAGAAAGGAUCAAAAAACAAAUGGUGUGUCACAAAUUGGGAGAUAUGAGCAAACCAGUUGUGGAUUAUGGCUCUGCUGAAUCUCAUCUGCCACAAGAUGACAAGGACUUCCAGGGUCAUAUAUCAGUGAUAAAACCCUCGCCACUCAAAACAUCAGCCAGAGCUCCUGGUGGUCAAUUCGACCCAGACUCUGGCUAUACUGAUAACAGCAGAGACAGCAAACAAAUGCCGACAGUACCUCAACUCUCAUCUAGAAUGAAGCACAUUAAACAAGACAUAGCCCAAAAUCACCUUCAGUUUGUGCGAUUUGAAGCAGCAGAUCUCCAUGGGGUGUCCAGGUCUAAGAGUAUCCCUGCGCACUUUUUCCAAGAAAAAGUAAUCCAUGGUGUUUUCAUGCCCCGAGGUUAUCUUGAAUUGGUACCAAAUCCUAAGGACAAUGAAGUGGAUCACAUAAGAGCAACAUGUUUUAACAGUGAUAUAGUCCUGAUGCCGGAGUUAUCAACCUUUAGAGUUUUGCCAUGGGCUGAGAGAACAGCAAGAGUGAUCUGUGACACAUUCACUGUGACUGGUGAGCCUUUAUUGACUUCCCCGAGGUACAUCGCCAAGAGGCAGCUGAACCAGCUUCAAGACUCCGGCUUCUCCCUGCUCUCUGCUUUUAUCUAUGAUUUCUGUAUUUUUGGUAUGCCUGAAAUGAUCAAUUCAAAGACCAUAUCUUUUCCGGCUUCAACACUGCUAAGUAAUCAUGACCAACCCUUCAUCCAGGAACUCGUUGAUGGUUUGUAUCACACUGGAGCCAAUGUCGAGAGCUUUUCCUCCUCUACCAGGCCUGGUCAGAUGGAAAUCUGUUUUCUGCCCGAAUUUGGCAUCAGUUCAGCUGAUAAUGCAUUCACCCUCAGAUCAGGUGUUAAAGAAGUGGCCAGAAAAUAUAAUUACAUCACUAGCUUUUUCUUUGAGACUGGAUUUUGCAAUUCAGGAGUUUUGUCUCAUAGUCUCUGGGAUGUCGGAGGGAAGAAAAAUCUGUUCUGUAGCAGUUCUGGAACUGAGCAGCUCACGACCACCGGGGAAAAAUGGUUGGCCGGACUCCUGAAGCACGCUGCUGCGCUCAGCUGCCUAAUGGCUCCCGCCGUGAGCUGCCGAAAACGCUAUUCCAAGGAAAGUAAAGACCAGAAGGAGAGUAAAGACCAGAAGGAGAGUGUGCUUAUAACUUGGGGCUAUAACGAUAACAGCUGUGCUUUUAAUAUUAAGUGUCAUGGGGAGAAAGGCACCCAGAUAGAAAAUAAACUGGGAUCAGCAACAGCAAAUCCUUACCUGGUGCUGGCGGCGACUGUUGCAGCAGGUUUGGAUGGACUUGGAAGCAGCGUUGGUGCCUUGGCUGGUCCAGAUGACAGCGUAGAGCUUUAUCCAUCAAAACCUUCCGAAAUACCUUUGAAACUGGAAGAUGCCCUUAUGGCACUGGAGGAAGAUCAAUGCCUGAGACAGGCUCUAGGAGAAACCUUUAUUCAGUAUUUUGUUGCCAUGAAGAAGUAUGAGCUGAAAAAUGAAGAAACAGAUGCUGAGAGAAAUAAAUUCUUAGAGUACUUUAUUUAAAAUAGGUCUCUUAAC